AAAAAAGGUACAGUACUUGUGAACUGAGCUCAAAAUGAGAGUUCCUGUAAAACUCCUCAUCUUCAGCUUUUGGUUGUUUUUCUUAAAUUGUUCCCGAUGUCAAGAAUGUCAUCGAGAGGACAUUAAAUAUGAAAACACAGAGCUAGCUGAGAAAGCUUCAUACGCUGAUGGUGAAACAGUGAGAGUGAACUGCAUGAUAGGUUAUAUCGGCUUGUAUAGAUUAAAGUGUGAAAAAGGAGAAUGGAAGAAAUCCAUUGAGCGGCCAUGUGCAAAGAAGAAAUGUAGUAAUCCAGGCGACAUACCAAAUGGUAAUUUUGAACUUGCAGCGGGGACGGAGUUCGUUUUUGGAGCAACAUUGGUGUAUACUUGUAAGAAAGGAUAUGAAAUGGCAAGCAGAAUCAAUCAGCGUACGUGCAGAGCUCAAGGAUGGGACAAUACUGUUCCUGUCUGUGAGGCUGUAAAAUGUCCAGCUAUUCGUACAGACCGGGAUGUAACUGCAUCAGGCAACACAGAGGAGGGAAGUUAUGGCAAUGUUAUUCACUUUGAGUGUGUAUCUUCUGGCAAAAAGAUAGACGGAAGUAGUGACAUUCACUGUGAAGAGACGGGAGAAUGGAGUGACGUUGUUCCAACAUGCAAAGAUAUAACAUGCACAACACCUGUCAUAUCAAAUGGAUAUGCUGUUGAGCAAAUGCCAGAAUACCAGAAAGAUGCCAUAUUAAAAUACAGAUGCAAUCCAGGGUUCAAGCCCAGAGAGGGAAACCCCAGAUGUGCUAAAUUUGGCUGGACUCUGAACCCAGAAUGUGAUGAAGUAACUUGUGAGCUUCAGUCAACCACAUAUGGAGUAGAAAAGAUCAACCCAGAGGGGAAAACUAUUUUCAGAGCUGGACAAAGUGUGGAGAUCACCUGCUCUAAAAAUUACUGGUUCUCUUUUACAAAAGAAACCAGCAAAACAUUUACAUGCCAAUAUAAUGGAGAAUGGGACGAUAGGAGGACUGUUUGUCAAGAGAUUAGAUGUGAAGUUCCACAUGACCGGUAUUUGUCUAGACCAUACAGUUACUUGAGGGGAGAUAUGAAACUGGGAGCAAAAAGAUCUUACAGUUGUAAGUUUGGAUAUCGUGAAACAGCAAAAGAGGCCACAUGUACACGAGACGGAUGGACACCAAAACCACUGUGUGCUGAAAUAAUGUGUGAAGCACCUAACAUCCCAAAUGCAGAGAUUGUGGAAGGUCAGAGACCAAACUACAGAAUCAAAUCAAGAAUAGAAUAUAAAUGUAGUCCUGGAUUUGAACCAGAGCAGCAUGUACCAAUUACCUGUGAUUUCCAGGGCCAAUGGACAAACAUACAGCAAUGCACUGAAAAAAUGUGUGAAGCACCUAACAUCCCAAAUGCAGAGAUUGUGGAAGGUCAGAGACCAAACUACAGAAUCAAUUCAACAAUAGAAUAUAAAUGUAGUCUUGGAUUUAAACCAGUGCAGCCUGUACAAAUCACCUGUGAUUCCCAACGCCAAUGGACAUACAUACGGCAAUGCACUGAAAUAAUGUGUGAAGCACCUAACAUCCCAAAUGCAGAGAUUGUGGGAAAACAGGGAUCACACUACAGAAUCAAUUCAACAAUAGAAUAUAAAUGUAGCACUGGAUUUGAACCAGAGAAGCCUGUAAAAAUCACAUGUGAUUCUCAACGCCAAUGGACAGACAUACAGACCUGUACUGAAAAAAUGUGUGCAGCACCUUACAUCCCAAAUGCAGAGAUUGUGGGAAAACAGGGAUCAAACUACAAAAUCAAUUCAACAAUAGAAUAUAAAUGUAGCACUGGAUUUGAACCAGAGCAGCCUGUACAAAUCACAUGUGAUUCCCAACGCCAAUGGACAGACAUACAGACCUGCACUGCAAUGUGUGCAGCACCUUACAUCCCAAAUGCAGAGAUUGUAGAAGGUCAGAGACCAAACUACAGAAUCAAUUCAACAAUAGAAUAUAAAUGUAGUCCUGGAUUUGAACCAGAGCAGCCUGUACAAAUCACAUGUGAUUCCCAACGCCAAUGGACAGACAUGCAGACCUGCACUGCAAUGUGUGCAGCACCUUACAUCCCAAAUGCAGAGAUUGUAGAAGGUCAGAGACCAAACUACAGAAUCAAUUCAACAAUAGAAUAUAAAUGUAGUCCUGGAUUUGAACCAGAGCAGCCUGUACAAAUCACAUGUGAUUCCCAACGCCAAUGGACAGACAUACAGACCUGCACUGCAAUGUGUGCAGCACCUUACAUCCCAAAUGCAGAGAUUGUAGAAGGUCAGAGACCAAACUACAGAAUCAAUUCAACAAUAGAAUAUAAAUGUAGUCCUGGAUUUGAACCAGAGCAGCCUGUACAAAUCACCUGUGAUUCCAAACGCCAAUGGACAGACAUACAGACCUGCACUGUUCAAAAGCCGACAUAGACAAGACGUUCUGUGUCGUUGAAUGAAACUCAGAGAUCUGAUGAUCCCUCAGAUGUGAAUGAAGAUGGAGAAACACGCUGAUGCAGGAGCAACUCAGACACUAACACACACACACAUACAAACACGCUUGAUACAUCAAUCUACUUGCUUAUGUUACAAAGUCAUCACUGAUUCAGAAUAAAGCUUGACAUUCAAACUGUUA